AUGGCGUUAGAUACUGGUGAAAAAACUAUUAUUAAUUAUGCUACUGAAGGUAGUUUUGAAGAUGUUGAACAUUUACUUAAAAAUCAUGUUCCUGUUGAUGUUCAUGAUGAGCAUGGGAUGACACCAUUGCAACAUGCAGCAUUUAAAGGACAUGCAAAUAUAUGUUCUCUUUUAUUAGCACAUGGUGCUAAUGUUAAUGAUCAUGAGCAUGAUCAAGGUUAUACGGCUCUUAUGUUUGCUGCUCUUUCAGGUAAUAGAGAAGUUGUUCGUAUUCUUCUUGAAGCAGGUGCUAAAACUCAUCAAACAAAUCGUAUUGGACGAACAGCAUCUCAAUUAGCUGCAUUUACUGGACAAAAACAAUGUGUUGAUACAAUAAAUAAUUAUGUAACACUUGAAGAUUUAAAAUAUUAUACGAUUCCACAAGGCCAAGAAACAGAAGGUAAAUUACCGGAAUCUUGUAUGCAUGGUUUUCAACGUUUACUUAUUACAAUUAAUUUCAAUCCUGUUCAUUUGCUCAAUAUUAUUUGUAAAUAUUCAGAAUUAUAUCAACCAAGUUCAAAUCUUAAACGAAUUUCUAAUACACUUUCAUUUAUAAUUGAACGAUCAUUAGAUCCAUAUCAUACAAAUGAACCAAAUGAUACACUUGCAAUUAAAUCACAUUAUAUAAAAACAUUAAUUGAUACUUUAUUAGAAAAAAAUAUAGAUAAUAUUGAAAAAGUUUGUAAUGAAUUACGUAAAAAAUUUGUACAUGAAAAUGAAAAUGAUAAUUUUCGAAUGUAUGAAGAAAAAUUUAUUCGAGAAACUAUUCGUAAUUUUCCUUAUAAACAAUGUCCACUUCUUCAACAACUUGUCAGACUUAUUGCUCCAAUUGAAUUAGGUCAAAAGCCAUCCGCUCUAUCUGUUUUAACUACAACUCUCAACGGACAUGCUUUUGAAGAUGAAACACAUAAUCGUUGUGACGCUUGUAGUCAACUGAAUGCGAAUCGUCGUUGUGCUGCAUGCAAAUCGAUAUCAAAUAUCAUGCAGAAUUUGGUAUCGAAUAUAAAAGGUAAAUUGGUUGGUAAUACAACCGGAACAAGUCCUAAUGAAAAAUUAUCACCAACUUCAACGGAAUCAUACGGUUUUCGUCAAAUACAUAUACCUGAAGCUAAAAUAGGCUUAGGUUCAACAGAAGCUGAUUUGAUUUAUAUGGUAAAAAAAUAUCUUGAAAUUGUUGGACUUAUCGUUAUUGUUUGGGUAGUUGGUUAUUUACGAUUUAGUGUUUCAUGGAUUUUACUUAUUGUAUUUAUAUAUUUAUUUCGUCAACGUCAACGAGCACUAUCUAAAGAAAGACAUAAAAUGAUUAAUGAAAUAAAUGAUAGUGAAGAACGAUAUAUAAAAGCUCGUUUAGAUGAAUUACCAUCAUGGGUUUUUUUUCCUGAUGUUGAACGAGCUGAAUGGUUAAAUCGAAUAAUAAAACAAGCAUGGCCAUAUGCAAAUAAAUAUCUUGAUAAAGCUAUUUUUCAUGAUGUUAUGAUUCCAAUGAUUCGUAGUACUUCACCAGCUUUAUCAGAUUUUUCAUUUGAUAGACUUGAUCUUGGUGAAAUUCCACCAAGAAUUGGUGGUGUGAAAGUUUAUACAGAUAAUGUUCGAGAUCAAAUAAUGAUGGAUAUUGAAGUUUUUUAUGCUGGUGAUGCACGUAUUAAAGCUAAUGUAAAAGGUAUUGUAUGUGGAAUUAAAGAUAUACAAUUUGUUGGUGAUAUACGAAUUAUAUUAAGUCCAUUAAUUAAUACAAUACCAAUAGUUGGUGCUGUUACUUAUUUUUUUCUUCGAAAACCAAGUAUUGAUUUUAAAUUAACAGAUGCUGGAACGUUAGUUGAUAUACCUGGUCUUAAUGAUUUAAUGCUUGUUCAAAUAAAUGAUAUUGUUGCAUCAAUGAUGGUUUUACCUAAUCGACAAGUUUUUCCUUUAGUUUCAGAUUUACAAAUUGGACAUUUACGAUGGUCAAAUCCUGAAGGUGUUGUUCGAGUUAUUGUUAUAAAAGCAAAAGAUCUUGUUAAAGCUGAUAUACAAAUUCUUGGUCAAGGAAAAAGUGAUCCAUUUGUUAAAGUUAAAGCUCAAGGUAAUGUGGAAUAUAAAACAAAAACAAUUAAUAAUACAACAACACCACAAUGGAAUGAAGUAUUUGAAUUUGUUGUUGAACAAUCUGAAAGUGAUGCAGUGGAAUUUGAAGUAUAUGAUGAAGAUCCUGGUAAAGAUGAUUUUCUUGGAAGAGCUCAAUAUCCAAUAAAUACAUUAGUUGGUAAAGAAGCUGUUGAUACCUGGUUAACAUUACAAGAUGUGAAAAAAGGUUCAAUAAAUGUUUGUCUUCAAUAUUUUUCAUUAACUACACAAAAAUCUGCUAUUGAUAUUAUGGAAAAAGUUAAUAGUCAAAAGAUUAAACAAGAAAAAUUAUCUAAAGCACUUCUUAUUGUUUUUAUUGAUCGAUGUACUAAUCUUCCUAGUUCAAAAAAAACUCGUCGAGAACCAAAUCCAUUUUGUCGAAUUAAAGUUGAUUCAAUUGAACGUAAAACUCAAACAUUUGAAAAUCAAACAAAUCCAUUAUUUGAACAUAUAUCACAAAUAUUAUGUUCAAAUCCUUUACAACAACAAUUAACUAUUGAAGUAUGUGAUGCACGUUCAAAUAAUGAUAUAAUUGGUAUUUUUCAAUUACCUAUUAAACAAAUAUAUGAUACAGAUACAAUGAUUAUUGAUUCACAAGCAUUUCCAUUAAAAGGUGUAUCUGAACCUUUAGAUAAUGUUUCAAUUAUUCUUCGUUUAACUCUUAAUAUUUUAUGUCCUGGACGUUCAAGUCCAUUAUCAGAAAUCUCAUCAAUAAAUAGUGAUAGUUCAGUUGAUAAUUUCACCAAAGAUUCAUUAAAUCAAGCAUCACCUACAGAUGUUUCUUCAAAUCCUCUUCAUCAACUUUCUUCAUCUGUUCCACUUACACAAUCAAGAAAAAGUUCACCAAGUGACAAUAAAACUCUUUUAAUUUCUGAUGAUCCUGAUCUUAAUUCAACACCAUAUGGCAUGAUAAAACUUGGUAUUAAUUAUGCUAUUAAUAGAAAAUCUUUAUCUGUAACUGUAUAUGCAUGCAAAAAUCUUAUUAAUGUUCAUCGUGAAAAUUUACCAGAUCCAUAUGUACGUGUUUAUUUAAUGCCUGAUUUCAAGAAAGAUAAAAAGAAAACAAAAUCUAUUCAUGAUACACUCAAUCCAACUUAUGAUGACUUAUUUGAAUGGGCAGCAUCAUUAGCCGAUAUACGUCGACAACAUCUUUUUAUAAGUCUUAAAAAUAAUUCACCUUUAUUUAAACAAGAAGAAACAUAUAUGGGAGAAAUUGAAAUUAAUUUAUCAAAUCUUGAUCCAGAAAAAACUAGUAUAGCUUGGUAUGCUUUACAAGAACCAAAUACAAGUGCUAGUGGAAUAAUGAAAAUAAAAUAUGAUACAAGUGACUCUAAAACACAAUUUUAA